AUGGCGCCCAGCCGACUCAAUGUUCUCGUGCACACAGGCACCGGGACCACGGCCGAGUCUGUCCGGCACUGCAUGUAUUCGCUCCGCCGGCUGCUCUCGCCAAACUACGCCAUCAUCCCCAUCACCGAGACGGUCCUGCUCAAGGAGCCGUGGGCACAGACUUGCGCUCUUCUCGUGUUCCCCGGAGGCGCCGACCUGGGCUACUGUCGGGUGUUCAACGGCGAGGGGAAUCGACGCAUCAGCGACUUUGUCCGCCGCGGGGGCGCGUAUCUCGGGCUCUGUGCCGGCGGGUACUAUGGCAGCAGCAGAUGCGAGUUUGAAGUUGGGAACAAGGCCCUCGAGGUCGUCGGCAACAGAGAGCUUGGCUUCUUCCCGGGGACGUGUCGCGGCGGGGCGUUUAAGGGAUUCGAGUACAGGAGCGAGAGGGGAGCGCGGGCUGCUGCCAUCAAGGCGGAGAAGCAGGCCCUGCGAGACAAGUUGCCGGAUGACUUCGCCGUCUACUACAAUGGAGGAGGCGUCUUUGUUGGUGGCAAUGCAACUGGAGGAGGCAAAGUCGAGGUGCUGGCGUCGUACAAGGACGACUUGGAUGUGGACGGGGGGGACGAAAAGGCCGCAGUGAUUCUAUGCCAUGUGGGAGAAGGCAAAGCAAUUCUAAGCGGGCCGCACCCAGAAUUCGCACCCGCCAAUCUCAAGCCCCAAGCAGACAUUCCAGGAUACGGCGAACUCGUUGACAAACUCGCUGCAGACGACAGAUCUCGAACCCUCUUUUUAAAGGCCCUGCUAUCCGAACUCGGCCUCGAGGUCGUUCAAGACGAUUACACGCCCCCCUCGCUGUCCAGCCUUCAUCUUACCGCCCUCGACAGCGGCAAGGUAACGGAGCUGCUGUGCGACUGGGGGGACGCCAUCGAAAAGGAGGACGGCCAUGAGUUCAUCCGCGGAGAGGCGGACACCUUCCAGAUUGUAGCCCAUCAAGAAGGACUGAAGUUGGAUGAGCUUGAAGAGGCUCUCCCGCAGGUCGACACGAUUGAUGAUCCGAGCUCCAUUAUCAAGAAGAUUGUUACUCAUGAGGACAAGUUGCCUAGCGAUUCCCUAACACCUCACUUUAGCCACGAGCGGUUCUACUCUGGUUUGAAGAGGUACAGGAGGAUUGAAUCUGGGGCCGAACACUGGGGCGAUGCCUUGCUCUAUGGGGAUGUCGUCACCAGCACCAAUACUCUACUUGAAAAAAAUCCCAAGCUCAACAGCAAGCUGCCAACCGGCUUCGUCUUCACUGCCACCACUCAAAUCGCAGGACGUGGACGAGGAUCCAACGUCUGGGUCGCACCCCCGGGCUCGCUUCUCUUUUCCGUCGUCAUCAACCAUCCAGCUCACCUCGCCGCUUCGCGGCCCAUAGUCUUCAUCCAGUACAUCGCAGCUGUCGCCAUUGUCGAGGCCAUCCGCUCGUAUGAUGCGGGCUAUGAGAACAUGCCAGUCAAGCUGAAGUGGCCCAAUGACAUCUACGCCCUUGAUCCCACAAAGCCAGCAUCCUCCCAAUCCUACGUCAAGAUCGGCGGCAUCCUCUCCCAGUGCAGCUACUUCAACGGCGCCUACCAAGUCGUCCUGGGCAUCGGCAUCAACGCCACCAACCCGCGCCCAACAACGUCCCUCUCCGACCUGCUCCCGCAGACCGCCGCCGCGCCUUUCCACAUCGAGACUCUCCUCGCCCGCAUCAUCACGCGGCUCGAGGCCGUGUACGAGCAGUUCCGGCGCGAGGGCUUCUCCCAGGACCUGGAGACGCGGUACUACCGCCACUGGCUGCAUACCGGCCAGUCUAUUACGCUAGAGGCCGAGGGCGGCGUCAAGGCGAGGGUCGUGGGCAUUACGCGCGAUUGGGGGAUGCUGCGGGUCGAGGAGACGGAUUCUGAGGGGCGAGGGAUCGGGAAGAUGUGGAGUCUUCAGAGUGACGAGAACAGCUUUGACUAUUGGAAGGGACUCGUCCGGAGAAGGGCGUAAAGCUUGCAAAGCAUAAAACCCCCUCCUGAUGCUAAGGUACUGCACUGCAUCGCAUCCUCAAGGUCCCGCGGUAGACAAAGGCUCAUCUAAUCAUCAAAUUUACAC